GUCUGAUCAGCGAGCAGUUAUGUCUAAUUUAUUUUUGGAACCCUUAAUUUUAAUUAUAAAUCAUUAAAUUUUGAAACUAAUCGUGCAGUACUUGCAAAAUGCAACUGUUCCCUCCGUCGACGACCACAUUUCUAGCCUUUAUCUUGUGAGUUACCCUAAUAUACCUAAUUAGUUCCAUAACUACGUAUCGCUCCACUACCAGUACGUUGGAAAUUGCUUCUGAGUAUCUCGAUCUAAACGUUUCGACGACCUACAAGUGCUCCACUGCAGAUCUUGACCGAAUUAGUUUGUUAAUUUUUCCUACUGCAUCCUGCAAUCACUGAAAUCCGCAUUUCUUUGGCAGUUUGUACGGUUCCUUGCUCGUAAAGAUUUCAGUGUCACCUUUCUGCAUCAAUCGUUGACCGGCGUACGAGCAAGAGCUAUACGAGUAUCGUUCGACUACCCUAGCUAGCUUUCAAAUCUUGUUGCGGUCGGGAGUAUUUCUGUCACAAUGACUGCAAGAAGCGCGGGACCGUCGUUUCGACGCCUGUUGGCGGGCCCCAAGGGAAUCAACUACCUGAACACCGUGGUGGUGUGGAUCGAGAACUGGACAUAUUGGUUGGGAUACAUCCAGGACAUUUGGGAAGAAUACGUCUACGUUGAUUUCGACUGCUCCACAGUCGGUGCCUGCUGGAUUCACUCUUCGUGCGUGUGGCCGCUGCAGUACUGGCAAGACAGCCCAGGCUACUCUUUUCGUAAUUAUCGAUCGACACCGAUAUUUGUCGCGCUGCGCGAUGAGCCCGGCGGACCUUUGCGUUUCCGCUCAGCUGUGGCUGUAUGGGAUUCGGAUAGGGAAUGCGGCAAGACAUACAUCCGUGCGGAAAUAGUGGAAGAAGGCAGCGAAUCUCCGGUUGCGGGCGGCGUGGAAGUAGUGGACCACUGGCAAGCGAUCAGCCGGCUGCCCUUUGACGAGCCUUCGCUGCUGGGCCGAACUGAAGGACUGCUGUACAUUAAGCACGUGAUUCCCUUGACCAGAGCGCAGUUGGCCGUCAACACAGCUGCCGACGCAGCACGCCUAAUUCAAGAGCUUCUUGACGCGUACAGAACACAGGCAUCGGUGCAUCUGUUGAAUGCGGACUUACGUAAGCUUUGUCGCUUUCAUCUACGCAUCGGCGAGGAUGGAUGCACGGUGAUGAUUAUCGCCAACCGGACCGACAGCGACGCCACGGAGCGGACGCAGCAAAUGUUGUUGCGCAUCUUGGAGAACCAUGCGUCUGCCACAGGACAUCCGCCGGCAAUGGCUCACAUUAGCGAUAGCACGGGAAUGCCGUGCGCCGUACAGUUAGGUAUGGAGUCCGACACCGUCGACCAAACAGCCGCCCUCUCUCACCUUCCGCCGGAAAUCUCCCUGGCCAUUCUGACUGGUCUGGACGUGCACAGUCAAGCGAACGCUAAACGGGUGUGCGGCCUGUGGCAACGGAUACUGAGCGAUCCCUGCUCGGGGGAGCAUCUCACAGUUCUGGUGGAAAACGUAGAAGCGACCGAAAGCGAUGAUCACCGGUGCUAUCAUACAGCCUGGAUGCUCAUCCGAACGAUAACAGCCGCCACGAGGAGCGUGGCCAUCGUAGCUCGCCAAGAUAACCCGCACAGUAAAGGCAUCGACAACCUUGGAAUAUAA